AUGAGGUCAGGAACCGUCUACGCAAUCACCGGCGUGGCCAUCACCCUUGGGGCCUUCUUCACAUUCCUCAUCGGCUCCCCGGACCGCGCAGCCACCCUCGCAGACUCCUCAACCCGCUCCGGCGGAGGAGCCCUCCUAUCAGGCCCUCUGAGCGAAAAGGAAGGUGCCGAGAAAGACCUCGAGGCCACCACGGGCCGCCAUUCUAACCAUAGAGGACGCGGUUCGCCGGCCUGA